AUGGGUUCAGAAACCACUACAUGCACGACUGCACCAGCAGAUCAUGGCUCAGAAUACGUCGAGGAGCCUACCGUCGAGACGCUAUCUCAUCAAGGGGGCGCCACUGUCCAACUGUAUAAUGGGCAGCUCAUCUACAAGUUUGGACAUCGCGUUAAGGAGAACGAAUUCCAUGCGAUGAAGCUCGUCUCAGAGCACACUUCUAUACCCGUUCCACGAGUCACAGACUGGGCGCAAUUUAACAAGACGGGCUUUCUCGUUAUGUCCUUCAUCCCGGGAAAGCCACUCUCCGAAUCCUGGGAUUCCAUGCCUUCACAAUCCAGACAUUCCAUCGUCUCCCAGCUCAAAGGGCACCUUACACAACUCCGCCAAAUACCCAAACCCGCAGAAUGCAACGGCGCCUUCGUGUGCGGUGCUAUGGGCGGACCAGUAUCGACCGAAGUGCCCAUACCAGGUCGCCAAUUCACUGGUCCGUUUGCGGACGAUCUUACUUUCCGUAAGGCAAUAGGAGAUGCGUAUUUUGCCACAGCCGGUCGCCGCUAUACCCCUGCUGAGGUGACCGCGUUUCUGCCGUCAUCCUCCAAGUCGGUCUUGACACACUGCGACUUCGUCCCACGAAACAUUCUUGUCGACGGAGAGAAGGUGACGGGUAUCAUUGAUUGGGAGUUUUCGGGAUGGUAUCCUGACUAUUGGGAAUUCUCGUUGACAAUGAACCGUAGUGAAAUCGAGGAUUUGAACGAUUUUGGAGCAUGGGUACCCCCUUUGUUCACUAAUUCUUUUAUAGAGAUGCACGAAACAUUAAACCGUGUUCGUCAUGUACUUUUUUGA